AUGGUGAAGAAAGAAAUCUUUAAUUGUAAGAAAUGUGGAAAAAACCACAAGAUAAGAGAAUGUCCAGCUUAUGGGAAGAAAUGUGCAGCUUGCAAGGAGAGGAAUCAUUUUGCAACCAUGUGUCACAAAGCAAGACAAGAAAGAAGUGAGCCACAAGAAAAGAAAUCAGUAGAAAGAGUGAAAAACAAGAAAAGAGUAAAUGAAGUCAAAGAACAGGAACAAGAAGAUAUUGAAGAAGAAAAAACAUUUUAUUUGGAUACGUUGGUAUUAGGUCAGUUAGAUAAGGUAAGCCAGUUAGUAAACCUUAAUAGUUCUAUAAAUAGUUUACAAACUCAGUGGUACCAAAAAUUGAAAAUAAACAAAGAGUUUAUCCAAUUUAAAUUAGAUACAGGCGCAGAGUGUAAUACUUUACCUUAUAAUUACUUUCAGAAAUUAAACAAAAACAAUUCUUUAAACUUAAAGGAAACUAAGUUAAUUCUCACAUCAUACAGUGGCAAUAAAUUUAAACCGUUAGGGUCAGUAAAUUUAGAGUGUAAGUUAAAUAAAAAUGUUAACAAGGUAGAUUUUUUGGUGGUAGAUCUCAACAAUGCAGUACCUAUCUUAGGACUAGAAAGUUGUCUAAAAUUCAAUUUAUUAAAAAGAGUCAAUGAAAUUACAAGCAAAGAAACAAAAGAACAGUUUGUUAGUAGGAACAAAGAUGUUUUUACAGGGUUAGGUAAGAUAGGUAAGUACAAAAUUAAAUUGAUAGGAGAACCUGAACCGAUUAUUAAGCCAAUAAGAAGAGUUCCAGAAGCUGUAAGUCACAAAUUAAAAAACACCUUAGAAAUUAUGGAAAAGAAAGGCAUAAUAAUAAAAGUCAAUGAACCAACAGAAUGGUGCCAAAAUUUGGUAAUCGUGGAAAAACCAGACAAAUCAUUGAGGGUAUGCCUGGAUCCAAAAGAUUUAAACCGAUAUAUAGGGAGAGAAAGGUAUUUAAUACCAUCAACUGAAGAAUUGUGCAAUAGGCUAGCGGGAAAGGAAGUCUUUAGUGUAUUAGACAUGAAAGAUGGGUUCUAUCAAAUAGAGCUUGAUGAACCAAGUAGCUACUUAUGCACAUUUGGAACGCCAUUUGGGAGGUAUCGUUUUAAGAGAAUGCCAUUUGGAAUAUCAUCAGCACCAGAGGUUCUACAGAAGGCAAAUACAAAAAUAUUUGGUGACCUUGAAGGGGUACAAAUAUAUUUUGAUGAUCUAAUCAUUGCAGGGAAAGAUGCUGAAAAUCAUGACAGAAUAUUACAAGAGGUGAUAAACAGAGCAAGAAAAUACAAUUAUAAAUUUAAUGUAAAGAAACUUCAGUAUAAAAUUGACAAGGUCAAAUAUGUUGGGUUAAUAAUAUCGAAAGAAGGAAUAGCAGCAGAUGCUAGUAAUGUGGAAACAAUUGUCAAAUUAGAAGAACCGAAGAAUGUAAAAGCCUUACAGAAAUUUUUAGGUAUGACAAAUUAUCUAAGUAAAUUUAUACCUCAUUACUCCGAAAGUACACAGGCACUAAGAGAAUUGCUAUAG